AGAAUAGAAAUGAAACACUUUACUAACGAUUCCAUUGCCUCCAGAAAUGCAUUGAACAAACAAAUAAAUACAAAAACAAUUUUACCGCAAGCAAGUAUCACAAGGCGAAAUAUUAUCAAGCAAGCGCAACAAGACGAUCAAAGCUUUUCCACCUGUCACAGGAGCCGGAUUGUUUACGUUCCGAAAGGCGGUUAAAAUUAGUUUAUCAACAAACCACUCUUCUUCACUGCUUGCUCACGGAGCCACGGUUGUAUCCUUUGCCAUUUGGCGUCCUUUAUAAUUUUAGCAACAAGUGUUUUGGCGUUGUUGCGCAUUGGUGGUAUUAAUAGCGCGCAACGCUACAAAAUGAACAUGCUCGAAGCAAACAUGCGUGUGGUCAGCGACAGCAUUAGCAACACUGUCCGGUUGGCGGCAGAGUUUGGCGAUGAGUCAAUGAAAGAUUUGAAUCUGUACACCAGCCUGGUAGAAAAGCUGUGUGUCAUCGAUAGCCAAAUGACCAGCCAUCGGAAAGCGAUGGCAGAAUCGUACCGAGAACCGACCAUGGAAGGCUUCGACCAUUCCUACGAAACCAAGCUGGAGAAAAAGAAAACCCAAGCAAAGUCCCACAAACGGUACAAGGACUUUGUGCAAUAUGCUAAACCACUGCUGAAUCCAUCGCUAGAGGGACAAUCCACAGACCGCGAGCAGAACAAUGAUGAUGAUUUAAUGAUCGAAGAUGACAUUACUACUAUGAUCGAUCCGAUAACGAAGCGCCCGCUGGAAGUUCCGGUGCGCAAUAAGCAGUGCAAUCAUGUGUACGAAAAGACCGCAAUCGAACAGCUGCUGGUGCAAAACCCACGAACCCGUUGCCCCGUGAUGGGUUGUGCUGCGCAAGGUUACGUUCAGCGGCAGUUGCUCGAGCUGGACGUGAGACUGCAGAAGGAAUUGAUGCGAGCCCGUUCUGCUCUCUUGUGAGGCAACGGAACGAAGCUGGCAAGCGUUACGUUAGCAAUCACAGUUCGUCUUAAUAAACCUGCCAUUUCUUUACCAACCCA